UUAAAAAAUUUUUUUUGUGUUUAUAUUUCGGAUCCUUUUUUUAGAUCACAAUGGCUUCUAAUGACUGUGGUUUCAGUUCUGCUUAUAGCCAACCGUUCCAGUCCAUGAUAAUCCAAAUUAAAGAAGACUGUCAGGCUGUAGACGAUAGUCUGCAACAUUUCAACUCAUGGGAAGACAUUGACAUCACUGGCGCACAAGAACUAGAUGACUUGAGAGAGCGUAUCACAAUCCGUAAACAACAAGUAGAAACAGUUAAAAUGUGCAUUGUUAGAAAUAUUAUAAAAUAUCUAGAAUUCUAUUGGAAAACGGUUCAAAUGAUGGACAUAGAACUGCAGUGUUUUGAUAGUAAGGAGAAGAUACUACGUCUUCGUAGAGAAAUCGUAAAGAAAUAUUUUGAAGACAAUUUCUUACUUUUGAGUACAAUGUCCGUUGAGACUCAGACUGAGUAUGAUGAGGACGUUUAGAAAAUAUAGUUUUUCAUUAAUAAUAAAUAUUAGUAGAAUUUUAUGUUUAUGUCUGUAAUGUUUUCUGAUGUUGAAUUCUCUUAGUAAAGGAUCGAAAUAAAUUUGAAAUUU